CUAGUACUGUGUCCCACCAUCAUGAUCUAGCAAGCCGCACUUCCUUGCUCUGAAGAUUGAACUCGAUUUCACCCUGAAUCGAGUCAGUGAAAUGGUACUAUCCUUCCGAUAUUCUGGAACGACGUAAUACCAUAAGACAGUCUAGGCCGAAUAGAGCCAUGGCAUCUGCUCGGCUUACGGGAUUACGCAAACCAUCGAGAGAAACUUCUUUUGGACUUUCGAAAGGGAACAAGCGCUGGAAGGGCCUGAAGUGCUGUCCACUUUCUCUGGGGAUUUUCCGACGCCCUUCCCAGUGAAUCCCAUCAAACGCGCUGUGGAUCGAAUUAUAGUGCAUCAUCUAAUACAUCGUACAGGCCUUUAUGGGGGGCACAAGUCCCAUUGGUCGAUCCCGCGGUGAUGCUGUUCAUCUGCACACCGGCACUGGCGGAGUUGUUCCUUUGCAGAAUGUGACAAUCCUUAUUUUCGCUCUCAUAUUUUCCCUGCUUUUUGUUCUCGCUCUGUCCUGUUCAUUCCUCAGUGGCGAUGAGGAAGAUGAUUCCCUUUUCAAGAUCAUACUGAACGACGUUGUAACGAAUGAUCCAGGUGUUGUCCUGUUAGGUGAAAACGUCGAUGUCGAUAUCAACGAGCCCUCCGUCACUAUCUCAUGGUCCCUUGUUGCAUGUGGAGACAGUCUUGAACUCGACGGAAGCUCUGGUGUCCACAAGAGUCAAUGUGGGCUGCCCUCGAUGGCCCUCUGGAUUUAUGCCGAUAACUCUCCUGAACCUAUAGCUAUAUAUGACCCUUCCGCAAUUCCAUACGUUCGUAAAACGGGUCAGCGGCGCAAGAUCGAGAACCUCGUUCGAUUCGACAGCGAUCAUACGCUGGAUGUCCACAGGGCUCACUUGUACCCAUUUGAUACGUAUCUUCUGCCCAGCACUUUGCGGGCUGUCGAUGCUUCAAAUACAACUAUUGCCAUUCACAAAAUCUCCACGAUCGAACAAGUAACCAGUUUUCUUGUCACAACUAGUGACUUCGAAAGCUACGAGAUAAUCAACGGGACUCAAGUUCCCACUCGCGACUUCGAUUUAUAUGUGACGAGGCCUGGACAAUUACGAUUCUAUGCUUUGUUACUCUUUGGCAUCAACUGGAUGCUAACUCACGUCACCAUCGCACAUGUUCUGCUGGCACGCAGACUAGUCGAUAUCAGGUCCAUGACCAAGCAUCUGGUUUCUGCCUUUGCUAUCGUUCUUAUCAUCCCGCAGCUGAGGAAAUCGAUGCCAGAUCCUCCGGCUCUUGAUGACGGUGCUUAUAUUGACUACAUUGGUUUUAUCCCACAGAUGAUAACUUCUGCCUCAUGUGUCCUUACCAUACUACUUCUCAUAAUGCUGCGCGAGUACGACGAAAUGGAGGGCAAACAGAUUCCCCGCCAAAUCACGGUGCGGCCAUUGCCGCUACCGCCCCCACGGCCGCCUCCGCCCCGCAUUCCCAAGGCAUCUUCCAAACCCCCUGCACCUCCUGUUCCACCACGGAAAUCACCACUGAAACCUUUCUUACUCGGAACCAAAGUGCACACCCGGUCGACCAAGGAACGUGGGGAGGCAGCCUGCGUGAAGGACGAGCUUAAUGCAGGUUUCGUUUUUCCUCCGAUACCACAUGCAAAUGGUGUCAUUCACCAUCGCUCUCGUUCUUCGCGGUCUCGCUUAGGCACCAUAGGGCUAGAAGGACCGUCCGGAAGUGCUUCGGGGUCCAAGUCGUCCAGGUCAGCUACGCUCAAGCCUGUUAAGGAGUGAUGGCUAGAACCUAUCCCUUACUUUCCAUUGAACAUCCUGGUGGUGUACUUAGGCAACUGGGAUAUGUAACCAUAUGUAGUACAAAUGUAGGAAGUAAGGAUGUUACACACUAUGACACAGUCGCAGCCUUCCACUCCA